AUGGAGCCUGCCGAACAACUCGAUGAGGACAUCAGCCAGCUCCAAACCCGUAUAGCGCUUCUACAAGCUCACCGCGCAAACCUAUCCUCAGUGCUACUGUCGCAACCCCACCUCGCAGCGCGUCUCCAGACCAGCAAUCAACGCGACACACAUGCGGAAACCACCAAGUGCAUCAUUGCCCAGCAACAAAAACGGAACCUCGAAAAUGUAUACCGCACCUGCGCUGGCGUCACAGCCUACAGAGUCAAGGACCCUGACCCAAAUGCCAUUAACAACGGCAACAUCCUCGGCGUAAGCAUCGAUGUAUCGAUCGGCGCCAAGUUUGUUGAGACAUACCAUGUCUUGCUUAGUGUACGAGAGAAAGAAGACAAGAAGAUCCUGAGUAUACACAAACAUACCAUUCCGCCAUGCAUACCACUGCAGCAAUUGGCCCACAAGUGGAUACCGGGCAGCACCAAGGACGAAGAGACGGAUCCUGAACAGGACUUGGUGCACUUUGGGCGACUGCUGAGGAAAGAGCUGGUGAGCUGGCAUAUGCGAGUAAAUGCUGUGCAAGAGUUGCGCAAGGAGGCAGGGCUUGACAAGCCAAGGACAGAUAGUGAAGAAGAGCUGGGGACUGCAUCCUCAGCCAAAGUCCUCAACGCCUUCGUUAGUGACGACGAGGAUAGCUCCGAUAUUGAGCACGAAGAAGACGAUGACGACGUUGCUCUAAGACUACUUGACAUUGAGACCGACGCCGCAGUAAGGCAGAUGACAAUUACCUUGUCAGACAGACGUACAGUGGUCAUGAACAUCACAAAGGACGGCCGAGUCGACAAGGUUGUAUGCAGGACGAAGGAUGGUAGGCGGGAUGUGAUGACGGGCAAAACCGCUAUAGGUCCCCUGCAUGGUCUGGUUCGCCGUUUGUUGUCAUAA